AUGACCCAGGAGGUCAAAGAGGGCACCACUCUCACGACUUUCAGCUGCAACGUGGGGUUCAGUAUUUCCGGUACACGAAGUAUCUCAUGCCUUCUGAACGGAACUUGGAGCGCCUCAGCGCCGACGUGUUCACGAUGUUCGGCGCUGGCAUCCCCUAGUCUCGGCGCUAUCUCGUACACCACAGACGGCGCUAACACGAUCGCAACCUUCACGUGCCAGACUGGUUACCAGUUGAGUGGAGUUAGUAACGCCACGUGCUUAUCUUCUGGCACGUGGAACAGCUCAACACCCUCUUGUGGAUACACGUUGAAUGGUGCCGUGUCCAGGACGUGCUACAUGAACGGAACUUCAUGGUCCCAGGCGGCCUCCACGUGUGUUCUGUGCAAUACGCUCAACCCGCCUUCCAGUGGUUAUGUCAACAUUUCGAGCAAUGCAACGGUGUCCGUCGCUACGUACACGUGCGCACAGGGUUACGUCAUCAGCGGCGUCACGACGCGGACGUGCCUCAAGAACGGGUCAUGGGAAGGCACGAGCCCCGCGUGCGAUUGUGAACCACCGGUAAGUCCCGUCAACGGAACAGCGUUAAAGAUUGGGAGCGUGACGUCAUUCUCGUGCAACACGGGCAGCACGCUUCUAGGAGCGAACCAGAUCACGUGCUCGAAUAGUGGACAGGGGUGGAGCGCAACCCCGCCAGUGUGUGUUACAUGUCAAAGCCUGGCCGGGGUCACCAACGGCACGGGUGUGGAGCUGACCUCUACCGGGUUGCAGACACGAGCCCAGUUCAUCUGUGAGGCCCAGUCUCAACCUACAAAUGGUGCAUUCGUGAUGGCAACAGAUGGUUCCACAACUGUUGGCACAUUCUCAUGUGAGCUGGGAUACAGUCUUCGUAAUGUUACCAUGGCAACAUCCAUUUGCACACCUCCACGCAAUGUGACCAAUGGGUCAAUAAGUGUGUCCAGUGAUGGUAUGACCUUGACUUACUCCUGCAAUCAAGGUUACACUGUGAAUGGCUCCACCAUGGCGGCAUGUCACACAGAUGGAUCAGGCUGGAGUACUGUUGCUCCAAAUUGUGUGAAAUGUGCUACGUUGGCCUCACCUGCAAAUGGUCAUGUGACAUUUUCAACCAAUGGCAGCCACAGCCUGGUUACUUACUCAUGUGAUGUGGGAUUCUCCAUUAAGGAUGAUGGUGUCAGCAUAGACACCUGUCAAUCUAAUGUUCAGUGUAUUAAUUUACCUGACCCAGAUAGUGGCACUGUGACAUUGAACUUCAUGUCUUCUGUUACUGUGGCAACAUACACAUGUUUCCAAGUGUGUGACAUACCCGAUGCCCCUGUGUCCGGAUCAGUAACGCUAUCAGCAGACGGCCUCACGGCCACCCACAUCUGUCCCACAGAAACAUGUAGCAACCUGACUAUACCCAGUAAUGGUCAGAUGACGUAUUCAAGCACCGGCACUGUAACCAUGGUUACUUACAACUGCACUCUGGGAUACACCCUGGUGGGUGAUGUCACGAGAGAAUGUGGCUCAACAGGCAGCUGGAACGGAAGUGACCCAUCUUGCAGACAGUGUGCCAAUGUGAACCCCCCAGACAGUGGAACAGUGAACAUGGUCUCUGAUGGUACAGUAAGCAGGGCCCAGUAUGCAUGCUCUGCAGGGUACCAGCUCUCAGGAAGUGCAUCCUCCACGUGUGUGGCAGACGGGACGUGGAGUUCACCUGCACCAGUCUGCUGUAAGUACUGUGUAUAA